AUGUCAAAUGGUGUGUUCCAAAAGAACGUCUACACGGAUUCGAGCGGCGUUCAGCACGUCAACGAGACAGCCUACCACGAGGUUGGUCUGGCGUACUCUGGUGCUCAAUACACAUGGGAAAUCUUCAUGUGGUACGCAUCGUACAUUUCUUCCUUUGUUUGGUGUGGCCUGUUCCUGGGCCCCAAAGUAGUCAAGAUCUGGAAAGCAAGAAAAGCAGAGGGAGAGUAUCACCAAGAUAGGUUGAGUCAUAUUAUCCAACAGUAUCCGAGCCUCACUUUCUGGGAAUGGGUUCUGUUGACCGUUAUUCCCAUUGGCAUUUUGCUCGUGAUUGUCGCCACAAAGUCUGUUUGGAUGCCGACUUGGACUUACUUCGUCGCUCUGGGCUUUGGCGGUGCUUCUAUGCUGCCCAUGAGUCUGGUUUAUGCAAUGUCUGGUUAUUCGAUCAAGGUUGGCUUCUUUAAUGAACUUAUCUACGGCUGUCAGUUCAAGCGUAACAGAAAAUAG